ACAGUGACAGCUGACAGCGAACAGAAAAGCUGCGCGAAGCGUAUUGUUAUGUCAAUUUGUCAAAUAAGUUGUUUUAUCGAUUAAAACAAAACAAGGGAAAGCCAUCUUUGUUGAAGCAAAAUAUCUAAUAAACAAAACUGUAAAGUUACACUACCAUGGAGAAGGAUCUGGAUAAAGUUGUGGACGAAAUAAUGGCUACACCUCAAAUAAACGGAUGCAUAGUUGCUGAUCAUCAAGGGCUUUGUCUCGCAGCUAAAGGUACUGCGCAUGUGGAUUCUGCGGGAAUUAUCGUGGCUAUAUCAGAACAAGCUUGUAAGAUACACCCUAAUUUGAAGCCGCCCACGGUCUGCUUGGAGACAGAUAAAAAGUUAUGCCUGGUACAACGACACGGCACUAUAACCGGAGCCAUUUUCAAGCUUAGGACAUAAGUUGUUAUUUAUAUUAAGUUUAAAUUAAUAAUGUUUAUUUGUAAAAAAAUGUUUAUAAUAUAUUUUAAUUAAGUUAUAAUAAAGGCAUGAUUAUUUAUUU